UCUCUCUCUCUCUCUCUCUCUCUGUCUCUCUGCAGACUGAAGCUAGUUAUAACAAAUUACAAAUACCCAAAAUAUCCAGCUGAAUUUCCCGGCAAUCACGCCUGACCCCUUUUUUAUAUUCCACCCCGGCGGCGCCACCCCUUUCGCAAGGAUUCGCCGCCGGCGUCACCCAUGGACCACCGUCUCCCUCCGCCGGAACUUAGGAACACAGUUAUACUAGUGCCACAUUAACAUUGACCUUGUUUUUUCAACGUUCAAUUCCCUUUGUUACGCAAUACUAAUGGCCCCGACAAACGCCGACGCGUCGGCGGUGGUGGAGUAUUCCUCCUCCGGCGCAUCCUCCGACGAGCUCGCCGCGAAGGCGGUCCACAAGAGGUUCGAGGGGUUGGUGUUGGUGCGGAACAAGGCGAUCAAGGGCAAAGGCGCGUGGUACUGGGCCCACCUCGAGCCGGUCCUCGUCCACAAUCCCGACACCGGCUUGCCCAAAUCAGUCAAGCUCCGGUGCUCCUUCUGCGCCGCCGUCUUCUCCGCCUCCAAUCCUUCCAGAACCGCCUCCGAGCAUCUCAAGAAGGGCACCUGCCCCAGUUUCACCUCCGCCCCCAAACCCAUUUCCUCGGUUCCCUCGCCUUCUUCCAUUUCCCCUGCAACCACCACCACCGCCUCCCCUUCAUCCCAGCCGCCCCACAACCACCGCAAGCGCACCUCCGGCAGCCGCGCCGGCGGCGCAAAUCCGGUCGCCUCCGUUCCACCAUUGGCCAUUGUCGACCCUUCUAGAUUCACCGUCGAUUUGUCUUACCCACCAGCCGUUUCAAUCGCUAGCACUAGUUCCGCCGCCGCCGCCUCCGGCGGCGGCGGCGGCUUAUACAGCCGCCACCCCCACCACCACCACCACCAACACCAGCAGCAGCUGGUUCUAUCAGGUGGAAAAGAAGAUUUGGGAGCACUAGCAAUGCUGGAAGACAGCGUGAAAAGACUAAAAAGUCCGAAAUCAUCACCGCCGGCGCCGGCGUUAAGCAAAGCCCAAGCCGAUUCGGCCCUCGAUUUCCUCGCCGAUUGGGUUUACGAAUGCUGCGGUUCUUCAGCAUCGUUCUCAACCCUCGACCACCCCAAAUUCAAAGCAUUCCUCCACCAAAUCGGGCUCCCCUCAAUUUCAAGAAAAGAAAUCGCCGGCCCCAGAUUGGACACCAGGUACGAGGAGGCCAAAGCCGAGUCCGAGGCCAAAAUCCGCGAAGCCAUGUUCUUCCAAAUCGCCGCCGCCGGCUGGAAGCCGAACACCUCAGCCGGUCCCACUCCCGCCGGAGACGAGAACAACCUCGUCCACGUGGCGGUCAACCUCCCGAACGGAACCCACGUUUACCGGAGGGCCGUCUUCACCACCGGCGACUACGUCCCGCCGAAAUACGCGGAGGAGAUUCUAUGGGAAACAAUCACCGAUAUUUGCGGGGAAUCAGUGCACCAGUGCGUGGGCAUAGUCUCCGACAGGUUCAAGUCAACGGCGUUGCGUAAUCUAGAGAACCGGCACCGUUGGAUGGUCAACAUCUCCUGUCAGUACAAAGGCUUCAACUCUCUGGUCAACGACUUCGGCAAAGAUCUCCCCUGCUUCAAGAACGCCGCCGCCAACUGCCUCAAACUGGCCAAUUUCAUCAACAACAACUCCCCGAUACGACGUAGUUUCCGCAAAUACCAAACGCAGGAAUACGGCCACGCCACUCUGCUCAAAACCCCGUUGCUCGGGUACAAAAGAUCCGAUUUUGAUCCGGUUUAUACCAUGUUAGAGGACGUACUAAACUCCGCCAGAGCUCUUCAGCUACUAAUUUCAGAUGAAUCGUACAAGACCGCGCUAACGGAGGAGCCGAUCGCUCGAGAAAUCGAAGAAAUGACGCGGGACCCGCAUUUCUGGACCGAAUUAGAAGCGGUGCAUUCUUUGGUUAAGUUGAUACGAGCAAUGGCUGAAGAGAUCGAAGCGGAGAAGCCGCGAGUAGGGCAGUGCCUCCCUCUCUGGGAGGAGCUCAGGUCGAAGGUGAAGGAGUGGUGCUCGAAGUUUCACGUGCCCUUUGGCCAGGUAGAGAAGGUGUUCGACAAAAGGCUCGAGAGAAACUACCACCCUUCUUGGGCGGCCGCUUUCAUACUCGACCCGUUCUAUUUGAUUAAGGAUGCUAGUGGGAAGUACUUGCCGCCAUUCAAAUGCUUAACGCACGAGCAAGAGAAGGAUGUGGACAAGCUCGUGACGCGGCUCGUCUCGAAAGAGGAGGCUCACAUUGCGGUUAUGGAGCUGAUGAAGUGGCGGACCGAAGGGCUGGACCCCGUUUAUGCUCGAGCGGUGCAGUUGAAGGAGAGGGAUUCUAUCACGGGGAAAAUGAGGAUCGCGAAUCCGCAGAGUAGUCGGCUCGUUUGGGAGACGUAUCUUAACGAGUUUAAGGUUUUGGGGAAAGUGGCGGUUAGGUUGAUUUUUCUGCAAGCAACUUCGUGCGGCUUGAAGCGCAGCAAUUGGGGUUUAAGGAAAUGGGCUAGUGCAGAUUCCCGUUCGAGGGCCCAAAAGUUGAUAUUCAUCUCGGCUUGUUCGAAGAUGGAGAAACGGGAGUUUUGUUCGAAUGGCGAAGAUGGUGAUGACGUGGAGCUUUUCGGAUUGGAAAACGGUGACGAUGAUGUCAUGAAUGAUGUGUUUGUCGAUACACCCUAGCUCCGUGAGCAUUUGAUGCAGACAUCGUUCGAACGACGAAACCACCAUGAAAAAAAAAGGUUGGAUUAUUACAUCAAAAUUUCUCAAGAUUCUCUCGAAAAAGGGCUUCCGUUUUUCGAGUCGAAACGAGGCACUAAAGAGACCAGGUUUAACGACCUUAAUUAAGCUAAAGAAACCACUUCCUAACGUUUCUAUUUCCGUCUCUACACCGUUCAAUUGUGCAACAUCUACCCUUGAUGGCACACACCCGCAUGGGUGUGUGCGUGUGUGUGCAAUCCGAGGACGAAUCGCACAUGCGCACAAUGCAGGUAUUAUCGUUUUCUUGAUGGAACGAAGGCUUAUUCUUGAUUAACGGGUAAUUAAUAGUCGUAAGUAUUUGUUAUAUAAUGUGUUUAUAGUUCAGAGAGUGUUGUAAAGCUUUUCACUUUCGAAUUAAUAUUUCGCUAAAUUAAUAAAAUUUUGCUAGUACGUAAUAUUAAUUUAUAGAGAUUUAACUGUAUUAUGUGCGCACUUGGCUUUAUUUAUGCAAUCUAAUUAAUUAAUCGUUUGGUGGAG